AUGGCUGUGGAUCAUGGCUUUGAACUGCAACGAGAGGGAGCAGAAUGCCCCAGCCGUAGGAGAGUAGUAGGGGAUGAGAUUAAGACAUACUGCAAGUAUUUUUUCAACCCUCUGUCGUCCCCGUUCUCAUCGUUUUUACAGGAGGGAAAUGGCCCUUAUUGCUCAUUCAACUGCAAACAUUUGGCUGGGCCAGACGACGAGGAGAACAAUUCCGCUGCUAUAAUAGCAUGGGCCUCUGGAAUUCCUCUUGGACCAGCUGGAAUCCCUCGUGGACCACCAUCUCCACCUCCUUCUCCUCCAGUCCAUUCAUCGUCCUCUUCCACUUAUUCAUUCUCCAGUUCUGCUUGCCGACCGCCCCAACUCUUACGUCCACAUCGACCCGUCCCGCCCACCCUCUGCAUGACCACUCCAACAACUGCAGCUCCCCCGUCCUCAACGAUUCCCAUUCAAACAUCUCACAAACCACUCACUUGCCCUUCAAUUCUCAGUUUAUCAGAAUUCAAGAGUAUAGGCAACGUCUCCGUCUUGUCAGGCGCCACUGAAGCUUCCCUCGCCACUCCCGCAUCCGCUAACCCUAUGCCCAUCUCUGCCAGCCGUAACAAAUCCUUCAUCGGCUCUAUCGCUUCUCACGUCCGCUCCUGGGUGUCUCCGUCACCCGCAUUCCUGUUUUCAUCUCAACAGAAAACGUCACAAUCUCCACCUCGCGUGGACACCGCAAAGUUCACCGUCCUCUCCAAGAAGCACCAUCUUUCUCCCCUCAAAUCCAAAUCCCCCUCUUAUGACGACGACGACGACGACAAUCUACCCGUCUGCUGGAUGUCAAGCACCGUCCUCGUCGAAACCAACAGUGCUUUCAACCAGCCUAAACAUCCACGAGGCCGCAGAAGGACGUCUGAACACAAUGACGAUCAUCCGUCAUUUAGGGCCAGAGGGCGAAAAACAUCUCGCGCAGUUGACUGAACCACAACUGCCUUAGCUUUUCUCGCUUUUUGGCAUUUCUCCCCCCCCCCACCAUAGAAUUUUCGUUCUUUUUAUUCCGGAUAUAUCUCCCCAAGCGACAGCAAAAAAAAGCCAACAACCAAGACUACCUGUCGGACUCGCUAUUUUGCAUCACAGCUUUGCACUACCCUCCCUAUCCGUUCCAUUUCCUUUCUUGCAUCAUCCAGCAUCAUUGCAUCAUCAGCUCUCUCUUUCUCCUUGCAUUAUCCCCCCACCUCAUCACCCAAACAAAAACGAGUCACUCACGUUUCAAUCCACAUUCACUUAUUUUCGCCUCGCAUAUACGCCGCCCCUUAGACACGGCCUCCAGAUCUAUGUACGUUCUACCUACUUACAACCCCAUGUGUAACACUAUCUACAAUCAAAACCAUUACGCGAACCCAAAUCG